UCCCCCUUUGAAUUCGUAAAUAACAUAUAUAUGUGUGAAUAUUUUACUUUGUUUUAAUUUUAAUUGUUUAAUUGUUUGACAAUGACAGGUUUACCCUCAAUCCCCGGAAUAGAACGAUCCCUAUUUGCUUAUACUACUAACGAUAUUUUCAGGGUUAAAUUAUGCGCUUGCUUUGAGCGUAUCACUGCCCAGGCAACUGAAAUGCGGAUUCCAACCACAGUCAGAAAGUCCUUGGAGUUAGAACUUCAUGAGGAGCCUGUGGAAAAUGUCAGUCCCAUUAAUGAAAAGAAAUUGGAUGCUACGGCAAAGGCUGAGCAAAAUGGUCCCAUUCUUGUUGAUUUGGAAAAACAGAAGGCUGAAGUUCAGCCACAGACAAUUGGAAAAGAGUGCCAAUUGGCUUCUGGUUCAAUCGAUAAUGUUGUGGCUAUUGCAACAAUUAUAGAAGUCAAUGACGAAAGCAAUAGCCAGCUUAUCCAUGACGAAGGAAAUAAGUGUGUCUCGAUUGUACGCUCUCUAGUGGAUGAAGCUAAGCUUCCAUUCCCAAUCUAA